AUGAACUCCGUCAGAGCCGUGAGCAGAAGACCAAGGCGAGUGUCGAGGCCGCGCCCGGUGCAGCCGGAGAGGAAUCACCAGGAAAGAGAUGAGGACGUUCCUGCAGAUAUGGUUGCAGAAGAAUCUGGUCCAGGAGCUCAGAAUAGUCCGUACCAACUUAGAAGAAAGUCUCUCCCCAAGAGAACUGUGUGUCCGACAAAGACAAACAUGGAGGGUGCUUCCACUUCAACGACAGAAAACUUCGGACACCGACCCAAGCGACCAAGGGUUUCAGGAAAAUGCCAAGAUAUACCAUCAGCUCCAGCUGAGCAGUAUUUGCAAGAGAAGCUUCCAGAUGAGGUGGUGCUAAAGAUCUUCUCAUACCUACUGGAGCAGGACUUGUGCCACUCUGCACUUGUGUGCAAGCGCUUCAGCGAGCUGGCAAACGACCCCAUCCUCUGGAAAAGACUGUACAUGGAUGUUUUCGAGUACACGCGACCCAUGAUGCACCCAGAGGCAGGGAAGUUCUACCAAAUAAAUCCAGAAGAAUAUGAGCAGCCAAAUCCCUGGAAGGAAAGUUUUCAGCAGCUGUACAAAGGCGCUCACGUUAAGCCAGGUUUUGCAGAACACUUCUACAGCAAUCCUGCGAGGUACAAAGGGAGAGAUAACAUGUUUUACUACGACACCAUAGAGGAUGCCCUUGGAGGGGGCCAGGAGCCCCACUUUGAUGGCCUCAUAUUUGUUCACACUGGUAUUUACACAGAUGAGUGGAUCUACAUUGAGUCGCCUAUCACAAUGAUUGGCGCUGCUCCUGGAAAAGUGGCAGAGAAAGUCAUCAUCGAGAAUACCAGGGACUCCACAUUUGUGUUCAUGGAAGGCUCAGAAGACGCUUAUGUCGGAUACAUGACUAUAAGGUUUAAUCCUGAUGAUAAAUCCGCCCAGCACCAUAAUGCACACCAUUGCUUGGAAAUUACGGUCAACUGCAGCCCAAUUAUUGACCACUGCAUCAUACGCAGCACAUGCACAGUGGGGUCAGCUGUGUGUGUCAGUGGCCAGGGUGCUUGUCCCACCAUCAAGCACUGCAACAUCAGUGACUGUGAAAAUGUCGGGCUUUAUAUCACAGACCAUGCACAGGGAAUAUAUGAGGACAAUGAGAUCUCCAACAAUGCUCUCGCUGGCAUAUGGGUGAAAAAUCACGGUAACCCAAUCAUAAGAAGAAAUCACAUUCACCAUGGCAGAGAUGUUGGUGUUUUUACGUUCGACCAUGGAAUGGGUUACUUUGAGAGUUGCAAUAUUCAUAGGAACCGCAUCGCUGGGUUUGAGGUGAAGGCGUAUGCCAACCCGACAGUGGUGCGCUGUGAAAUCCAUCAUGGUCAAACGGGGGGCAUCUACGUGCAUGAAAAGGGCCGUGGACAGUUCAUUGAAAAUAAGAUCUAUGCAAAUAACUUUGCCGGUGUGUGGAUUACUUCUAAUAGUGAUCCCACAAUAAGGGGAAAUGCUAUAUUCAAUGGUAACCAAGGCGGCGUGUAUAUUUUUGGUGACGGCCGAGGUCUCAUUGAAGGAAAUGACAUCUAUGGGAAUGCCUUGGCCGGGAUACAGAUCAGGACAAACAGCUGCCCUAUUGUCAGGCACAACAAGAUCCACGACGGCCAGCAUGGUGGCAUUUAUGUGCAUGAGAAAGGACAAGGUGUAAUCGAGGAGAAUGAGGUCUACAGCAACACACUGGCUGGAGUGUGGGUCACAACGGGCAGCACCCCGGUACUGCGGAGGAACAGGAUACACAGUGGCAAGCAGGUUGGUGUCUAUUUCUAUGACAACGGCCAUGGUGUUUUGGAAGACAAUGACAUUUACAAUCACAUGUAUUCUGGAGUUCAAAUAAGAACUGGCAGCAAUCCCAAAAUAAGGCGGAACAAGAUAUGGGGAGGUCAAAAUGGCGGCAUAUUGGUUUACAACUCAGGCCUGGGCUUUAUUGAAGACAAUGAGAUCUUUGAUAAUGCUAUGGCAGGAGUGUGGAUUAAGACAGACAGCAACCCCACCCUGCGAAGAAAUAAAAUCCAUGAUGGGAGAGAUGGUGGAAUCUGUAUAUUUAAUGGAGGAAGAGGUUUGCUUGAGGAAAACGACAUCUUCAGAAAUGCCCAAGCAGGUGUCCUCAUCAGCACCAACAGUCAUCCCGUCUUGAGGAAAAAUAGAAUAUUUGACGGUUUUGCUGCAGGUAUUGAAAUCACCAAUCAUGCCACAGCCACUUUAGAGGGUAAUCAGAUCUUCAACAAUCGUUUCGGAGGGCUUUUUCUUGCAUCUGGUGUCAACGUUACAAUGAAAGAUAACAAAAUUUUGAACAAUCAAGAUGCAAUUGAAAAGGCUGUGAGUAGAGGUCAGUGCCUGUACAAGAUUUCAAGUUACACCAGCUAUCCAAUGCACGAUUUUUACAGGUGCCACACCUGUAAUACAACAGACCGCAAUGCCAUCUGUGUGAACUGCAUCAAGAAGUGCCACCAGGGACACGACGUGGAGUUCAUCAGACACGAUAGGUUCUUUUGUGACUGUGGUGCAGGGACACUGUCAAAUCCUUGCACAUUAGCCGGAGAGCCGACACACGACACAGACACCCUCUACGACUCAGCGCCUCCUAUAGAGUCCAAUACGCUCCAGCACAACUGA